GCCCCUUUCUGGCAACCUCGGGCGCCGACAGGCCCCGCCCAGCCAUUUCCGGGUCACGCCCCGGAAGUGCUGAGAGGGACUUCCGCCCGCGGCGAGGCCUCGGAACUGGUCGCUGCUCAUUGGCGGAGAAACGCUGGUAUGCAUUUGGGUGCCGCUGGGGUGGGUGUUGCACAGCUACAACCCCUCAGGCCUCCUCUCCGCUCCUCCCUGGGUGGAAUGUGGGCAAGAACCCCAGGAGAGGCAACCCCUCCUGGGACGGUGGGCAUUGUACCCAAAUGCAGUCUUCCAGGAAAGGGUUUUUUUCUCGAGAUUUAGUGCUGCAGGGGCCCAGAGCUGGGACUACUUCCCUUUCAGUUACAACCCUGGUCUUCACUGCCGUCUUCAGAGAGCUUCAUUGAGUAUCAACUUCAAGUGUGCUUCUGGUACCAGUUGGUAUCACUGCCCACCAGAUCUUCAGCUCCCUUUUUCAGCCAAAAGCGAGAGAUUGCAGAUAAUUGGAAAUAAAGUGUUCGGUGCUCUAAAUUCAGGAGAGGCUUCUUUCAUCACUUAACUGUGCCCGUGACAUUUCCUUUUGUUUAUGUUUUGAGACGGAGUUUCGCGCUCGUUGCCCAGUUUGAAGUGUUCCGGAAAACUCUUCAAUUACAGGAAAAGGUGCAUGACUGCAUCUUCAGAGGAUUUGGUUUUGCUGGUACCAAGGAUUCUGCUAAUGAGAAAACUCCACAGUCCGGCAUACUGUAAGCUGGCUCCAGCAGCCCAGUUGACGAUGGCUGAGGCCAGUUCCCGAUCAUCCUGUCUGAGAAACACCAGGAGUUUUUAUUCUCUCUGUGUGGGUCAAGUUUAUCAAACUUUUCAUUAAUGACCUCUGGAUUUUGGCUCAUAAGGAAGAAGGCCUUCUACUCUGAGGUUAUAAAGGACUCACCUCAUGUAUUCCUCUGGACUCAAGGCCAGAGGUGUGAACAAGGUGUCAACUAUAAAGUGAAGAUUUUUCUAAGGAUGGACCCACACCAGAAGGUCCCUAGCAUAUAUAACGGGAAUACUUUACAGACUCCUGGGUAUGAAAAAGUCUCUAAGUAUAAGGACCAGUUAGAAAGGCACGAGGGUAGGCGCAUGGAAGAAAGACGGUAUAAAUGCAGUGAAUGUGGAAAGAAGUUUGCCCAGAGCUCGGGGCUUGUUCGACAUCAGAGAAUCCACACUGGAGAGAAACCCUAUGAGUGUGAUCACUGUGGAAAAGCCUUUAGCGUGCGCUCAACCCUCACUGUGCAUGAAAGAAUUCACACUGGUGAAAAGCCUUAUUCCUGUAAUGAGUGUCAGAAAGCCUUCAGUGUAAGGGCACACCUGAUUAUACAUCAGAGAAUCCACAAUGGAGAGAAACCCUAUGAAUGUAAUGAGUGUGGCAAAGCAUUUAGUGUGAGCUCAGACCUUAUCAAACAUCAGAGAAUCCAUAGUGGUGAGAAACCUUAUGAGUGUGAUGAGUGUGGAAAAGCUUUCAGUGUGAGCUCAGCCCUCAUCAAGCAUCAGAGAAUCCACACAGGAGAAAAGCCAUAUGAGUGUAAGGAAUGUGGAAAGGCCUUCUAUGUGAACUCAGCACUUAUUAAUCACCAGAGGAUUCACUCUGGAGAAAAGCCCUAUGAGUGUGGAGAGUGUGGAAAAGCAUUCAGCCAGAUCUCAACCCUUAUUCAUCACCAGAGAAUCCAUACUGGAGAGAAACCAUAUGAGUGUGAAGAGUGUGGGAAAGCUUUCCGUGGGAGUUCUAAUCUUACUAAACACCAGAAAAUACAUGUCAAAGGAAAGUGUCAUCAGUGAUUUAUGUGGGAAGUAUAUUCCAAAGGGCUUUUGUUACAUCAGAAGAUACCAUCAAAAGAAGAGUAUAGUAAAAGUUAAUGCCUUAAUUGACACUUUACCCUUGAAAUAUUGAAGUGAGAAAUCACUGAAAAGUAGCUCCAUCAGCAUUGUGGCUCAGGCUCUAAAAUCACAUCUACUUCUGAGAAUGUAAUUUUACAACUCAUAAGAAUGGAGGCUUACAGACAGAGUCAUCUGGCUGGAGGACACCCUUCUGGAAUCAGUACUGAAAUGAAUGCCAUAUCCCACUCCAAACCAGCAUGACUAUAAAUACUAAGCAAUAGUGACUCCUGACCUUAAACAAGGAGUCUGUUUCAAAGCAGAGUUUUCCAGAAGAAGUCCAACACAGAGUGAUGUCCAGGGGACUAAAUAGAAACAUUUUUCAGGGACCCAACACUGAACAAGUUCAUGGGCUUGUGAAUAGUUUACCCAAGUGAGGGGACAUCCGCCCUUGGAAAAAGCACAACAGACAUUGCCUGAAGCUGAGGAGAAUAUCACUGAUAAAGGAACCUGAGACACCUGGGAGAAUUUG